GCCGAGUCCCUGGCCGCGCUGCGUGGGCAAGUGGAUCGUGGGCGGCUGCUGGCCGGGUCUUAACGAGGGGCAGCCUCGAGUAUUGAGGUGAGGACCGGAGGACCCGGAGGACGGCAUCGCGGAGCCCGGACCUGCAGGGCCUCUCCUUCCACAGACCAUGGGAGCGCAGCUGAGCGGCGGCCAGGGCAGCCCGGAGCCGGCGCAGCCCCAGCCCCAGCCCGCGGCUCCGGAGGCCCCUAGGCGGCCCGAGCCCGAGCCCGAGCCCAGCCCGUGGGGGCCGCUGGACGACGUUCGCUUCCUUAUCACCUGCACCUCCUGGUACUGACUCGGCGCCUCCGGAGUCUGCCGCCCGCCCGCCGAGUCGUUGCCUGCUGUCGUUCUUGCCAUCCCCGGCCUGGUCGGGCCCUCGUCUCCUCUCCCCGCGUCCCGUGCCUCUUACCUUGAUCCCGGAACCCCGGAAAUGACAGAAUUCGGAGAUGGCGUGAGAUGCUGGAAGUCCCGGCAGGGUUGUCUUCCUCAUUAGGGGCUUCGUCUCGCCUCUGGUUCUUCCCCCCAGCCUGAACCCAAACUUAACUCAGACCUUCGUGCUCUCCCCCACCCCUUUCUCCAGGCUCUUGGAUCCUGGAGCAGCCCAGUUUCAAGUCCACAGUCCCUGCUCUUCAUGACUGAAGAUGGAACCCCCACUCCCUUGCCCCUGGCUUCCAGAACGAGGCCGGGGCUUCUGCUAAGACCCCAAGGUUGCCGACCUCCUGACCUCCAUCCCUUAAUUAUUGAGAACUGGAUCUCUGCAUAUGUUUCAGGUCAUGGCACCAUGUGCAGUGACCCCAAAGAAGGUCUUUCCAGGAUCCCAAUGACACUGUAUUCCUGGGACCCCAGGAACACUGGGUCUCUUUUUGGGGAGAGAGAACAUUUCUGAUUGCUGGUCUGGUGGAGGAGAUAUGUGAGGCAGCUCCCAGACACCCCAAAGGAUGCCAUACCCCACUGCUCCCAGAACCAUCCUAAGGCCACCCUCAGAACCUGAUCCUUGUCCCCUCACCCCAGGGAAAUGACACAUUCUGUAUUUUUGUUUUAUUUAGAAAUGAUUUAAAAAACAUUGUACAAAGGCUGAUCAGUUUAAAAUGUGACCGACACUGAAAUGCUGUGAUGUCCCCCAGGCUGAGGGGAAGCUGGGCUCUGGGGCCCCCAGUGCUUUGCCCCUCUGCCUGUCUGCUCUGUCCUGGGGUGAUGGACAAACAGAUGACCACAAGGCAGGAGAGCUGAGAUUAGAAUCCUCCAGGCCGAGCCCUCUCUGGGCCUGGCCUUGCAUCCCUCACAUCUGCAGCCUGGGCUGCCUGCCUCCAUCUCCUGCUCUUUCUCAGCUGGCCAACAUGGAGGAGCCUGGGAGGCCUAGAGCUUUCAAGAAGUGAGAGCACCAACCUGAGGAGUGGAGCGGGAGCAUGGGGGGAGAAGGGGAGCCAGGAGUAGGAGGAGAUGGAUAGAAGAGUCACCUCUGAUCUCAUCUUGGACCCUAGAGGAGUCCACAUGUGGGGACACAAGGCCCAGGCAGCCCACUGGAUGGCCUGGGCAAGUAACAGAAUCUCUUUGCGCUUCAUCUAAGGGAAGGGCACAAUGAGAGUCACCCUCAGCCUCCCACGGCCUACACAGGUUUCAUGGGAGUGGACAGAUGUGAGCUAAUAAAGUGCUUUGCAAAAUAUAAAA